ACCUAUCUAUGAAAGCAUUAAGCUAGUAGACAUUCAAGUCGUAGAAACCUUUCCGGAGCCAUUACCUCGAAUUAUAGAAGAAAGCAGUGAUCAUUUAACCAGGAUUUUUAUCAGUAGAAUACAAGAGAAAUUUUGUUUCCCGUGUCAAUCUACUGAUGCGGUCUCAAUUCAAGGACGAUUUUUCCUUUGAGAAAAGAAAAACUGAGUCUCAAAGGAUCCGUGAAAAGUAUCCUGAUCGAAUUCCUGUAAUUUGCGAAAAAGUCGACAAAUCUGAUAUUGCCGCCAUCGACAAAAAGAAGUAUUUGGUCCCAUCAGAUCUCACAGUAGGCCAGUUUGUGUAUGUAAUUAGAAAACGAAUCAAGCUUUCUCCAGAAAAAGCUAUAUUUAUUUUCAUUGAUGAGAUUUUGCCUCCUACUGCAGCUCUGAUGUCCACUAUAUACGAAGAACACAAAAGCGAAGAUGGCUUUUUGUACAUCACUUAUUCCGGAGAAAACACUUUCGGCACUUGCUUUGAUUAAUUUUUUUUGUAUCUUUUUUUCUGUCCCCCCUUUUCUUUAUUUUUUCCCUGUUUUUUUUAAGAUGAUUGAGUGAUUAGGCAUUUUACAAAGCUAAAAAAAAGAAAAUUAACUUCACAAAUGCCUUUUUCGUUUUUAUGCUGAACAUCCUUCUAAUGGUUUUUUUAUAUCGUUUACUGAUGAAGCUUAUGAAAUGAUUCGCAUCCUGCGUUGAUUCGCAUAACUGAUAAUUCGACCAUAAUGAAUUUGCAGAUUCAAUGCUGAUUCCUUUUCUCUUUAAUUUUUACCCUUGAAUAUAAAUUAGGGUUGUUAUGAAAAUGAAAUGUACCUUCUUAUUUUCCAUUACAAAUUACCUUACCAAAUUCACUCGUUUCUACUUCCGUGAACAACAUUACCAAACUAACCUAUUUAAUGUGGUAAACAAAUUAAUAUUAAAUAAUCGUUAAAUAUCAUCA